GGGCCGAAGGAGGGGGAGAAUGGCAGUUGCGUCGCCGGUUCCCGGGAACAGCCGUCCAGACAGAGCUGCGGAGGAGGAGUUCGGGACAGCGGCCGUCGGGACCCCUCCUCCCCGGUCCCCCGCCCCAGCUGAGAGGCGCCGCGGCGGGUCUGAGGGAGCCUCCUCCGUACUUCCUGCGGCUCCUGCCGCCGCGGCUGGGAGAGGGGCCUGCCCGCCCGCAGCCCUGCGCCAGCUGCCGCUCUGAGGAGUUGAAGAUUCUUCAAGAGGUAGAAAUAAUAAGAAUCAAGAGAUCUUGAUAUAAACACUGGACUAGAGAAAAUUAGAACAUCUCUGAUAAGAGUCUUCUGUUAAUUAAACUUUUUCAAGAAUUCUGUGAAGGAACCAAGUAGGAUUACAUCAUGUCUUAAUCUGAAUGAAAGAAUAAGAGAUAGGCUUUCUCCCUAAAUAUCAUGAAGGGCUGUGUGUAAACACAGACCCUGAGUCAAUUCUAAUGAGCAUUAUAGACAUGAGUUUACAUCGGCAAAUGGGUUCAGAUCGAGAUCUUCAGUCUUCUGCUUCAUCUGUGAGUUUGCCUUCCGUCAAAAAGGCACCCAAAAAAAGAAGAAUUUCAAUAGGCUCUCUGUUUCGAAGGAAAAAGGAUAACAAGCGUAAAUCAAGGGAGCUAAAUGGGGGAGUGGAUGGAAUUGCAAGUAUUGAAAGUAUACAUUCUGAAAUGUGUACUGAUAAGAACUCCAUUUUCUCUACAAAUACCUCCUCUGAUAAUGGAUUGACUUCAAUCAGCAAACAAAUUGGAGACUUUAUAGAGUGCCCUUUGUGCCUUUUGCGACAUUCUAAGGACAGAUUUCCUGAGAUAAUGACUUGUCAUCACAGAUCUUGUGUGGAUUGCUUACGCCAAUAUCUAAGGAUUGAAAUUUCUGAAAGUAGAGUUAAUAUCAGUUGCCCAGAGUGUACUGAACGGUUUAAUCCCCAUGAUAUUCGCUUGAUAUUAAGUGAUGAUGUCUUGAUGGAAAAAUAUGAAGAAUUUAUGCUUAGACGGUGGCUCGUUGCAGAUCCGGAUUGUAGGUGGUGUCCAGCUCCAGACUGUGGAUAUGCUGUGAUAGCAUUUGGAUGUGCCAGCUGUCCAAAAUUAACUUGUGGGCGAGAAGGCUGUGGAACAGAGUUUUGUUACCACUGUAAACAGAUUUGGCACCCCAAUCAGACCUGUGAUGCUGCUCGACAAGAGAGAGCCCAGAGUUUACGUCUGAGAACUAUACGUUCUUCAUCUAUAAGUUACAGUCAAGAGUCUGGAGCAGCAGCUGAUGAUAUAAAGCCAUGUCCACGAUGUGCUGCUUAUAUAAUUAAGAUGAAUGACGGGAGCUGUAAUCACAUGACAUGUGCUGUCUGUGGUUGUGAGUUUUGUUGGUUGUGUAUGAAAGAAAUCUCAGAUUUACAUUAUCUCAGUCCAUCAGGAUGUACUUUUUGGGGGAAGAAACCCUGGAGCCGAAAGAAGAAAAUAUUGUGGCAGCUGGGAACACUUGUUGGUGCUCCUGUAGGAAUUGCUUUAAUAGCUGGCAUUGCUAUCCCUGCAAUGAUUCUUGGCAUUCCUGUAUAUGUGGGCCGUAAGAUUCAUAAUCGAUAUGAAGGCAAGGACGUUUCAAAGCACAAACGGAAUUUGGCUAUAACAGGUGGUGUAACAUUGUCUGUAAUCAUAUCUCCAGUUGUAGCUGCAGUAACAGUAGGUAUUGGUGUUCCUAUUAUGUUAGCUUAUGUCUAUGGCGUUGUUCCAAUUUCUCUCUGUCGAAGUGGAGGGUGUGGAGUCUCAGCAGGCAAUGGAAAAGGAGUCAGGAUUGAAUUUGAUGAUGAAAAUGAUAUAAAUGUUGGUGGAACUAACACAGCUGUAGACACAACUUCAGUAGCAGAAGCAAGACACAACCCUAGCAUAGGAGAGGGAAGUGUUGGUGGUCUAACUGGCAGUUUGAGUGCAAGUGGAAGCCAUAUGGACCGAAUAGGAGCCAUUCGAGACAACCUGAGUGAGACGGCCAGCACCAUGGCACUAGCUGGAGCCAGUAUAACGGGGAGUCUGUCAGGAAGUGCCAUGGUAAACUGUUUUAACAGGUUGGAAGUACAAGCAGAUGUACAGAAGGAACGGUACAGUCUAAGUGGAGAAUCUGGCACUGUCAGCUUGGGAACAGUUAGUGAUAAUGCCAGCACCAAAGCAAUGGCGGGAUCCAUUCUGAAUUCUUACAUCCCAUUGGACAAAGAAGGCAACAGUAUGGAGGUGCAAGUGGAUAUUGAAUCAAAGCCAUCCAAAUUCAGGCACAACAGCGGAAGCAGUAGUGUGGAGGAUGGCAGUGCCACCCGAAGUCGUCCUGGUGGUUCAUCCAGUGGCUUGCCUGAAGGUAAAUCCAGUGCCACCAAGUGGUCCAAAGAAGCAACCGCAGGAAAGAAAUCGAAAAGUGGUAAAUUGAGGAAGAAGAGUAACAUGAAGAUAAAUGAGACCAGAGAGGACAUGGAUGCACAGUUGUUAGAACAGCAAAGUACGAACUCAAGUGAAUUUGAGGCUCCAUCCCUCAGUGACAGUAUGCCAUCUGUAGCUGAUUCCCAUUCUAGUCAUUUUUCUGAAUUUAGUUGUUCUGACCUAGAAAGCAUGAAAACUUCUUGUAGUCAUGGUUCCAGUGAUUAUCAUGCCCGCUUUGCUACUGUUAAUAUUCUUCCUGAGGUAGAAAAUGACCGUCUGGAAAAUUCACCACAUCAGUGUAGCAUUUCUGUGCUUACCAAAACUGUUUCAUGUUCAGAAGUUCCACAGUUGAAUCAUACUGCUGAAGAACAUGGCAACAAUGGACUGAAACCCAAUGUUGAUUCAUAUUUUGGUGAUGCACUAAAAGAAACAAAUAACAACCACUCACAUCAGACAAUGGAAUUAAAAGUUGCAAUUCAGACUGAAAUUUAAACCUCUAACUGCUGCAAAAUUAUUACCACUGAAAAACCUUGUCUGGAGCUGGUUGAACUACUUGUGACUACUUUGUUUCAAGUUACCAGAAAUGCCAGAUUGCAUAAUCAUAAUGCAGAUAUGUCUUCUAUGUUCAGCAAAUCAUUGUGUUUCAUGUAGAUCUUAAUUACCAAACUAUGAAAUGAAGGCUUUAAAAGUGCAUUAUUGUAAGAAAAUAAUUCUUAAUUAUGUUUUGUGUUUUUGCCACAAAACAUUGCUUGAAGCACAUACUUGUGUAUUUAGAUAGAAAUUUGGCUUAAUUUAUAAUCAAUAUAAAAUACUAACACAGUUCUAUAGCAUUCUUAUGAAGAAAACUUGAGGUUUAGGUAUAAGUGGUUAAUGACAUUUUAUGGAAACCACUAAGGGAAUACUGUUCAAAGUACUUUGCAGGUCACUCUCAGUAUGUGAUGCUCUGUAACAUUUCUGUUCGUAACUGGGUAUAAAUUUCAUUUUUUCUUCAUAUGUAAUGUGGACAUAAAGCUUAAUGCAGCCCAUUUGCUACCAUUUGGAUACUUAAAACACUUUGAGCAAGAUUGUGGCAGUUUUUGCACAACUUUGAAAUAGAAAUACCUGGUACUCUCUCUAUAUUGUAUAUUGUUGAUGCCGCCUUAGGAGAAAAGUGUAAGGGUAGGUAAUUAAGUAUAUCAACAGCACCAAGUAAGAUAUAUAAAACUACAAAACAAAAUUCCAUUAGCAUUUAUAAGUGUUACAAAAAAGUCAUCUUUCACCAAGGGGAAGUUUGUACCCCAUUGAUUCUUGGUGCCUUUGGAAGAGACUGGAUUUUAAGGACCUACUUGUUUGAAGAUUUUGCUGUAUUGUUUUCCAUAAUUUCCUCUUUAGCCUCCUUGGAUUAUGUAGAAAAACACAGGAUAGAUAAACUUAAACAUGAUUGAUGAUAACAAUGCUGAAAAAGUAUUAGCCUACCAAAGACACACUCAGGCUUUAGUGAAUAACUUUACAUAAUCUCAUGUUUUAACACAUUUAUCUUCUCCCGUCAUGAAAUCAAAGCACAGUGCAGUUUGUUUCAUGUCCUAAGGAGGGGUCCAUGUAUGACUGGCUUUAUUUUCGUUUGUUUUUGUUUAUGGAAGAUGUGCAGCGGACUUAAACAGAAGUUGGCCAAAUACUGCCUGUACUAUUAACUUCCUGUAAAAUUCACUUAAAUAAAACAGGUUAACCUCAAUGAUAGCAGUUAAAAAUGUUCCAUCUUACACGUUUCUUUUAAGUAUUACCAUUAUGGUGCUACUGAGCAUUUUCUUUUGAUAAAAAGAAAAAUGCCAUGGGCUGCAGUUUUUCUUCCAUCACUUUUCUCAUCAGGUCUAUUAAUAUGCUUAUAACACUAGUGCCAGUUCUUUUAUUUGAUAAUGCUUAUUAUGGCAUUUGUGUAUUUGUUUGCAUUCCAGUUUUGUUCAGUAGUGUGUGUGUAAACUGCACACAUGAAAUAAAUGUAAAUACUAAUAAUGUAUCACUGCCUUAUGGUUUGUGCACAGGCUUUUUCCUAAGAACAGGAAUAUACGUUUGUCACAUGGUAGUUACUCAAAAUUACCCUGCAAGACAUUGAGAUGAUUCUUCAUUCCGGUCUCAGCCCAAAGGGAAGCAUUUGCUGAACUUCUCUACAGGCAAUGUUAGACACUGUCCUUUCUUCAUGUCUAAUACCUGCCUUUCCUUCAAGAAGAAACUGACUUAUUCAUCAACAUUAUUUUUUUAAGGUAAAUUGGUUGGAAAGUAAAUAGAUCUACCAUUAAGUUGUGAAGACAUAAGUAUAAAUGCUUUUUAAAGAGUCUUUGGCAACAUGAGAUUAUGAAACUAGAGCCAUUUAAAUUGAAGCUGGUAAUUGUACUCAAACCCUUUCUAUUCUUGUAGCUUCCAUAAAGAAAUUAGAUCUUUUUUCUGUUUUCCUGUUACAAUGUUAAUACUGUAUGAAAAUCGGUAUGAAUUUUAAUGGCCUUCUUGACAUUUCUAUACAAGGAUAGAGCUUAAAUGGAAAACUAAAUUAUUUUAGGAGGAAUUAAGCAAAAAUGAUGCCAUGUAGGAGGCCAGUGCAUUCAGUUCACUGAACCCCUCUUCUGGUUGUACCCCCAACCAGUACCACCUCAGUCUCACUUUUAAAAUGGUCUAAACCAUUCAACAGGCUUCAGAAGUUCCUUCAUCUCCCAGGGGUCCUUCAAACUUGGAUUAAUUUAGGACCAAGCCAAAUUCCCCUGGAGUUUAACUCUGGACUAGCCUAGAAUAAGAAAAUACUCCAGGGUUCAAGACAGGCCGUAACUCACCAGAAUCUUUUUUAAAUCCCUUGUACUUCGCUUUUAUUAAGACCUCUGGGAAAAAAUCACAUGGCAGUGAGAGAAAAUACAAAGAUUUUACUGUUCAUUAUAUAAGCCACCAGUUUCACUGAAUUAUCCUAAAUGUACAAAUUCCCAUCUUCAGAGCACUGAAUUAGCUUUUUUAUGUUAAUUCUCACAAUUCAUCACUCUUACUUCCACUGGAAAUUGGGCUAAAUUAUAAAUAUAUAAGACUUUCCAUAGCAUGUUUUCUAAAAUAUAAACUUUGAUCCCCAAAGGAUAAAUAAAUGUUGAAACCAACAGACCUAUUAAUUCCUACAUGACAUAAACAAAAUAAAUUCAAGAGUUCUUUAGAUUAUUUUGCCUUAUAUUCAGAGUCAUGAAGAUUCUCAGAGCUAUAUUUUAUAUGGUUCCUUUUAAUUGGUUUGUUUCACUUACUAUCAUAUUAAAGUAUGAAGUACCACUGUCAAAAGCCAGUCUUAACAACGUGGUUGAUUUUGAAUGACCAGAAUAUUCUAAAUUUAGGGAGAGUUACUGUAUUUUGGUAAUACCAUUUUAAUAGAUGAAUAGUGACUGGCAGUUACAGUUUUUAAAUUUAGUUAAUUGCUAUACUUAAUAAUUGUCUAUCAGAAUUUUUGUGAUUUCUUCCAGUUUAUUUACUUACUCAUUCAACAAAGCAACAAAGUAGAGCAUUUUCCCAAAUAAACAUUCUGGCUUCAAAGAGCUUAUAGUUGGGAAAGAGGCAUAAAAAACAUAUACACAUAGGCUAAAAUAAUGUCAGAUGAGUGCUAUGAAAAAAUACAGGGUGGGGAAUAAAGUGACGAGGUAUUGGGGUAGUGCUGUUGUUCUAUACAGGGCAAACUGGAAAGAUCUCUGCUUACAUGCUAUUUCUGCAAAGAUCUAAAAGAAGUGAGGGAAGAACUAUAUGGACACACCUAAUGGAUGAGCAUUCUAGAAAGAUGUCUCAGGUGAGUCAAUGGACAAUUUAGACAUCAGUCUUGGAAUUUGAUACUUAUUAAGGCAAGUAUGCCACCUUGUUUUUCUUGGAGAGUGUUUUGACUGUUUUUGGCAUUUCAUAUUUCCAUAAAGUUUUUAACCUUGAGUUCCACCAGUUUUGAUUGGGAUUGCAUUGUGUUUAUAAUUACCCAUAAAGAAGCUUUUCACAUCUUUUGUUAAAUUUUAUUCCCAGGUAUUUGAUUUAUCUUUUUUAAUGUCAUUUUGUUUGUUUAUCGUCAUAUAUACAAAUACAGAUUUUUGUGUAAUGA